AUGGUGACUGCAGACGGUCUGGUGCACGUCGCCAGUCGAUUGACGAGCCCCACAGCUUCGCCCUUGGCCUACGUGGGCCUAGCUGCCGUGCUGUCCGUCAAGGUGCGAGAUGCGCUCAACUCAUUGAUCUACUUUCCCACAAGGGACAAUGCCAAAGGUGUGCUUGGCGUCCUCUGGCGAGCUUUGAAUGACAAUGCUUGGCUGAAGGUGAGCUUGGAAUGUGGACCAACGAUGAGAAGCCUCCAAGGCCUUUGCAGCUCAAAGAGACGCUUCUCGGUCGUCAUUCCCCCUCGCCUCGCUCUACUCGCAGGUCUUCGUCGCCGUCUCUGCGAUCAGACUCAUCAACCGGCUCGGUCAACGCAUCAUCUACGACCGAGCAGCGUCGCGCACCAUCCAAUGGUCCGAGCACGUCGUGGUCAUCAGUGGAGGAGCAAGAGGAAUCGGAGGAGGAUUGGCGGAAAAGUUGGCGGAUAAAGGUGCCAAAGUCGUCACGAUUGACAAGUUGGAGAGGACGGAUCAUGCGAGGGAAGAUUUGCACAUUGUCGCCGAUGUCACUAGCGAGGAAGAACUGCUCGCGGCUCGAGCGCAAGUUCACGAAAAGUUUGGCCUGGUCAGGUGAGUGAGGAGGGGUGGGAAUGCUUUUGCUUGCGUGAUUUUCGCAGCAGGGCUGCAUUCAAAUUGAAUCCGGUGUGGCUCUUGCGCCUCUGCAGCUUCGUUGUCUCGUGCGCUGGCAUCGCUCGUCACUGCAUGGUGCUCGACCCUCCAGAGCAAUUCCCCACAUCCUACUCUACAGCCGUUCACAGAGUCAACAUCGAUGGUGAGGUGAUGCGUCAUUCGAGAUCGCAGGCAUUCAUUACUGAGAGCGUGGCUCCUGCGAUGCGAUCUGCAGGCACGUACACUUUCGUGAAGGUCUUUGGUCAAGAUCUACUACCAGCGUACAAUAAGGGUCAGCUCCGAGUGGAGGGAGGGCAGCCCGCAAAUGGAUUCGGUGAGCGAAGAGCGCUUUGCCGCUGCUCCAGUCCAUCAAUGUCAGCUAACGAAGGUCUCAACAUGCUUCACAUACACGUCAGGCGGACACAUCCUCAUGAUUGCCAGCGGAGCCCCGUACUCUCCGUGAGUCGGCCGCCCGGGAUAUGGGCUGACAAACGUCCGCGGACGCUGACCACCCUUACUCCGUGCACCUUUCCCUCUGUCAGUCUCCCCGCCAACGCUUCUUAGUGAGUGCAAAAAUUUCUCAUCGCGAAUAGAGGCAGUCUGUGAAAGCUGACUCUUUCCGCAUUUCCGACUCAUCAGCAAUCUAUCGAAAGCAGGCGUCAUCACGUUGUGGCAAUCUAUGAACUUCGAGCUGGACGCGUGGCACAAGACGAACAAUGUGCGAAGCAGCAUCAUCUGCCCCUUGAUGGUGCACAGCAAGAUGACGGAAGGACGCAUGCUGGAGCAAAAGAAUCAAUUCCUCUUUCCUACGCUCACCAUCGACAAGGUUGCCGAGCGCAUGGUGGACAUUCUGGAAAAGGAUCAGAGCGUUCAGGUUCAUCUGCCCGCUGCCGCUUAUGCCAUCUCUUUGAUCUCGGUGAGUCGCGAGUGCUUGACCUGCCUAUCCUUCUGUAGCCAUGCCGACCUAGAGGCACAGCUGCAGACGCGGCAAUGCAGCGCGAUCCUGGCAUCCUUCCUCACCAUAUCCACCCCCCUCUCCUUUUUUGCGCAUCGUGCAACCCAUCCAGCCAAACACUCCUCCUUACUUCAUGCGGGCAAUCUACAAAGCGUUGGGCGCUCACCAGACCUUGUGAGUGGCUUUGUCAGCGCAAGCAAGACAGUCUGUGGGUGCAAGUCGGCUGAUUCUCGCGUUGCAUCCCAUGCACAAAGCAUGCAAUGGGCUGCCAAGGAGCGCAAUCCGGUCGCGGAUCAUUAA